UUCUGGUGUUUUUUUUUUUAAUCUAAUGGCUGUUAAAUGUGGAAUUUGAGUACUUUCAUGGUUUUUGAAUUAAUUCUCUUGUGGUGAUUUUUAUAUUCAUCUGUUCUGCUAUAUUACCUCUAUGAUUUCUAUGGUUGUACUGCCAACUACAUUAAAUUUACACCUACAUUGCAGUGUUGUGGGGUAUGGUUAUUCAUGCUAGCUUCUUCUUCUUCUUCUUGUCUUCUAUUUUGGGCACUUGCUAAACACCAAAUUGUAGGGCUUUAUCUUCUGAGCUGGUCCUGUCAUUUAUUGCUGUUGUUUUGGGGGUUUAAUGUUUCAUACCUUUAUUUGUUUUUAUUCACUCCUUUUGAGAAGGACUUAUUAGUUGCUUUCAUAGAAUUUAAUACACUGUUUAUUACCCUUGUUUCUUGGGUCGUUUGGCAGACAUCUUAUCUUUUGAUUUUCCCAUGCACAAUUUAUUGUCUAUAAAGACCACACACCUUUCUUUUGCAGAUUUUAGCUGUCUAUGCCACUUUUUUUUUUGGGUGCUUUGCUAGAUUCAAUGAGUUCAUUCUUUUGUGGAAGGUUUUCAAGGCAUUGAAAUGUUCUGUUAACUGGGACUCGUCUUUAUUGCACAUUUCCUCUGUCACUGAUAGUUAGUUAUCAAGCUAGAUUGAAUGCUUGCUACUUCUCUUAACUUCAUUACUUCAUUAAAUAAAUCACUUUUAUCAGUGAAGGUCAUUGCUUCAUAUUGUGGCAGAUUAAGAAAAUUAUUUGGUAAAUCAACAGGUAGUACAAGAAAUUUGAAAGUGAUAUUCAAUGACUUUCCUGGUGGGGCUGGAAAUUUUGAACUCCUGUCAAGAUUCUGCUACAAUAACGGUAGGAUUGACAUAACUCCUUCAAAUAUUUCCUUCCUACAUUCUGCUGCACAGUUCAUGGAGAUGAACAAUUCUGUAUCUGGAACUCAUAACUUAUUGGAAGAGACAGAGAAAUCACUUAAAGGGAUGAAUUACUGGGCAUGGUCUGAGCUAUUAAUCACUAUAAAGCAGUGCCAAGAUUUACUUCCGUUUCCAAAUUCUUCUGGUAUUCUUGAAAAAUGUGUGGAUUCUCUUAUUGGAAGGAUGGCUACUUCUAGUGAGCCUAGCCCAUGUCCAUCUACUUCUUCUCCUGAUAGCUCUGGAGUCCGGUUUUCAUGUGACACUAGAAGCACUGAGAGUUUGAAGAAUAGCUUCUCUCGAGCAACCUGGUGGUUUGAGGAUCUUUUGGUUUUGAGCACUAAUUUGGUUGGAAUGGUGAUCAAAUCCAUGGUCUUGCGGAAGUUUGAUCAUGUUAUCAUUAGUAGGUUUCUCUUUUAUUACCAGAAAUCGAAGUGCUAUACUGGCACGUCUGAUGAGAAGCGUAAUGUAGUAGAAACUGUCAUAGAUAUACUUUAUAUUCUUGAUUGGAACUCUGUUUCAUUCAAGAGUUUAUUUGGAAUUCUUCGAGUUGCUUUGAAUUUGAACAUAAGCAAAUGUAGCAGGACCAAGUUGGAGAGUAUGAUAGGUUCUCAGAUGGAUCAAGCAACUCUAGAUAAUCUGCUUAUUCCUUCUCCAUAUGGGAUGAAUUACUUGUAUAACGUGAAGCUUGUUCUAAGGUUCUUGAAAGCAUUUCUGCACGGAGGAACCAGUCAAACGUCUCCAACACAAUUGAGAAAAGUUGCUAGUUUGAUGGACUUGUAUAUAGCAGAAGUAGCCCCAGAUCCUUGUUUAAAGCCUUCUAAGUUCUUGGCCCUAACCAUGGCUCUGCCAGAUUCUGCCAGAGAUUCAUAUGACAGAAUCUACCGUGCCACAGACAUGUAUCUACAGGUGCAUACUGGAUUAUCAGAAGAAGAAAAGAUGAAGAUAUGCUGUGCAUUGAAUUAUGAGAAGCUCUCAGCUGAAGCUUGCAUCCACCUUUCUCAGAACAAAAGGUUUCCAUCAAAAAGUGCAGUCCAAGCUCUCAUGUCUCAGCAAGUCAAGCUCAAAAGCCUACUCAAAACCACCGACAAAAUGAAAUGCUAUAUUGAUUCACCUUCUGGUGUUAGUGAGAUUGGAAGGAAAGGAAAGAAAAAUGAAGCCAGUGAACAAAUUGUGCUCUAUGCUGGUAAACUCGAUCCUCCAACUAACAAUGAGAAGCUUAGAGCCCAUUUGCAAGGAAUGCAAUGGAGGGUGACGGAAUUGGAGAAAAUUUGCUUGAAAAUGCAAACACAGAUGACAAAAAUCAUGAAGUCAAGAGUAUCAAGCCAUAGCACUCCCAGAUCCUUACCCAAGCUUUGUUCAUGAUAGGAUUUUCUGUUCAAUAUUAAAAUAUUUAAUAUCUCUUUCAUUUGUACAGCAAGAGGGUUCUUUUUAUGUGUGUGUGGUAUUUGUAGCGUUUUUCUUUCUUUUAUCGACAUCUUGGCUGUACAGUUCUACAGAAAAAAGGCAGAAGACUUUUGUUUAA